AUGUCUAAUUGUUCACCAACACCUCCAGGCGCAGUGCCAGAUAUCUUGAUAACUGCUCUUGCGCGGAGGUCCCCGGAAGACCUCGACAGUGAUGCCCCCCCAAACAAGCGUCGCAAGUUGACCUCGGGUAUUCAGAGCCUCAGAGAGCUUAAUGGUCUUUCGGAUACUAGAGUACCUCGAGGUUCCAUUCCCUUGGCGCGCUUUCACUUGUACUUGGAUUUUGCGUCCGCAAGCCCGAUCCAGGAUGACCCAGAAAAUGUUUGCGUCGGCACGACUACACUUGACUGGUUCAAGCUAGAGCUAGCAACGACGGUAGACCGAGAAACUGUCUUUGAAUAUCAAUCACAUGACCCACCGUUUAUAAAAUUCAGCAAGGACCUGGAGUUCGCCAGUAGCCUUUCCACUUUAUAUACUGUUCCCGAAAGAAAGAGCUCCUUCUGUCUUGAAACAAUUAUUUUGUGGAAGGAUUCUCUGGAUAUUCUCGGUAAUAAUCAACUGGUGGAGGGAGCACGAAAAGUAUUUUCUAGAUAUGUCUUUCAGGAGCAAGAGGAUCUUGCUUCACAGCAGGAACGACACAGUCAGAGACAGCUUUCGUGGUCCCCCCGCGACUUUUAUGAUCACGUAUACGUUCCUCCAGACACACCUGAAUCAUCAGCAGAGGUUAAAUGCAGUUUGAUCGAAUGUCAGAUGUUCCCAUUCCAAAGGAGGGCCGUCAGGUGGCUAUUGCAAAGGGAAGGCGUGGAGCUUCAGGCUGACGGGCAAGUGGUUCCUGUCAGAGAUACGUUGAAAGGGGGCCUGCCCGCUUCAUUUCGGGAAUUCAUUGAUGCAGAUGGACGAGUUUGUUUUGCCAGCCAACUGUUCAUGAUUGUCGCCACUGACCUUGCGAACUGGUUUGACGGGGGCAACCAUCUCCGAGGUGGAAUCCUCGCCGAAGAAAUGGGACUUGGGAAAACCGUUGAAAUCAUAAGUUUAAUCUGUCUGAAUCGCCGACACCUAGCCCCUGAAGAAACCUUCCCAGACCAUCGUCAUGAUGGCUUGAGGCCAUCAGGUGCAACCCUAAUAAUAACACCACCCGCAAUUCUUGAACAGUGGGAACAGGAAAUCAAACUGCAUGCACCUGGACUCAGCGUCUUCCACUACACUGGUAUCCAGCGUCACCAGUCAUUGUCGGAUGAAGAACUAAUCGAAUUGCUCGCAGACCAAGAUGUCGUACUUACUACUUAUAAUAUUCUUGCGCGUGAAGUUCACUAUUCUGGCGAUGUACCACAGAGGAAUCUGCGGCAUAAGAAGAGAUUUGAACCAAGGAGAACACCGUUGGUUCGGAUUUCUUGGUGGCGGGUCUGUAUCGAUGAAGCUCAGAUGAUUGAAAGUGGAGUCAGCAAUGCAGCAAGGGUUGCCCGUUUGAUUCCUCGUCAAAAUGCUUGGGCUGUGACAGGGACGCCGCUCCGAAAAGAUAUAUCUGACCUCCUCGGUCUUUUACUAUUCCUCCGUUACGAACCAUUUUGUGGUGUUAUCUGGCAUAGGUUAUGCGGGAGCUUCAGGACUGAAUUAGCGAACAUUGUUAGUAUGAUUGCCCUCCGACAUAGUAAGGUUCAUGUUCGCAAUGAACUCCACAUACCUCCUCAGAAGAGAAUCGUCAUCACGGUCCCUUUUACGGCAGUUGAGGAACAACGCUACGGACAGUUGUUUGAAGAAAUGUGUGGAGCAUGUGGUCUCAAUCUAUCUGGCGCUCCCUUGAAUGGUGAUUGGGAUCCUGAUGACCUAUCGAUAAUCGAAAGAAUGCGAAGUUGGUUAACCAAACUUCGCCGAACUUGUCUCCAUCCUGCUGGAAAGCCUCUUCGUGGGCUAGGUACCGGUACUGGACCGCUGCGCUCCGUGGCUGAAGUUCUUGAGGUCAUGAUCGAUCAGAAUGACGCACUUAUACACGCAGAGGAGCGCUCUUUACUUCUUUCACAAUUGCGCCGGGGGCAGUUGCUGGAAAAUGCGAAACACCGGCAACAAGCACUCGGCCUCUGGUCAAAGUCAUUAGAGCGGGCUAAUGCAAUUGUCAAGGAGUGUCGGGAUCGGUUGCACCCAGAGCGUAUGGAACGUCGGAUGGAUGCCGUCAACGUGGAUCGAGAUGUAACAUCUGCUGACACAGCAAGCGAGGAUGAAACAGAAGAAGCAGCUAAGAACACUCGAGGAGGAGCGCGUCAGAGGCUGCGUGCUGCUCUUGAAGUUCAACAUAUAUGUGUUUUCUUUACCGGGAAUGCCUAUUUCCAAAUGAAAACAGACCCCAAGCUCACUAGGCCCGAUUCCGAAGAGUCUAGAGCACUCGAAAAACGCGAAGUUGAGGCGUACGAGUCUGCAAAGCUGAUUCGAAAGGAGAUGUUGGCUGAGAUCUCGCGAAAGGUUGGCCACUUCAUGAAAAUAAUCAGAGAAAGAGCACAAAAGAAUCAGUUUGUUAAUAUCCCCAAAAUGAAACCUCAGCUAUGGAGCAAAGGGCUUGAAUCCCACCGCAUACUCGAUAAACUUGAAAAUUUCUGUGAUAGUAUGAACAAACAUGCUGCCCAGUACGAUGAAUGGCGUCAGACCAUGAUCAAGUUUCUUUCCGAGUCACUCAUUGACCAAGAGGAUGAAUCAGAGCUGGAGGGCGACGAAUAUGAAAAGUCUACAAAGCAUCAAGAUGAGGUGUAUGUUUACAUGGAGGCCUUGCGUGCAAUGUUCGCUGAUCGCCACGAUGCUUUGACUGGACAGAAAAAUGUUCUCAUUGCCCAUGAAGUCAAGAGCGGAAUUGUCCAAGCACAGAAAGGAGAAGGACCUUCACCCGCUCUCUUUCUACAGAUGAUGAACACUCGUAGUAGAAUCAAGCCCGACCCACAGCUGGGCUCACUUCGCGGCAUCAUUGGUGAGCUUCGAAGUCUUGCGACCUCUCUUGAGUGGCAGGCAAGCGGGGGGAACUCUCGCGCCCGCGCUGAACUCGAACUUGUAAGCUUAGUUCUUCAGAAUGCGAGUCAGAUGGCUUCUGAGCAAGCUAAAGUUGCAACAAACAUGGAGAAGGAGGUGGAAAUGUUUCGAGAUACUAUGAACAAUCGACUUGAAUACUAUCGUCAGCUUCAACAAAUCUCCGAUACAGUGGCCCCGUACGACGAAGAAAGCGCUGGUAAACCCUUGAAUGAGGCGCUUUUUUCUGCAAAGCUCAGGCAAGAGGAGAUAAUAGACGAAAAGAUUUCCGCAUUGAGAGCAAAACAUCGUUACCUAAUCCACCUCCGAGACGAAUCAGGCUCAGAUGACUCGUCAAAGAUAUGUGUCAUUUGCCAAUCCGGCUUUGAAGUUGGUGAGCACGGUGUCCUAACAGUGUGUGGCCACAAGUAUUGCAAAGAUUGCUUGCGCAUGUGGUGGCAUCAACAUCGAACUUGCCCGACAUGCAAAAAGCGUCUGAAAGCUAAUGACUUCUAUCAAAUCACUUACAAGCCGCAGGAGUUUCUUGUGCAAGAGGAGAAGCCGCCAGCCAAAGUUGAGCCUGAACGUCGACCAAAGAACUCGAUAUAUACUGAUAUAAGCUCCGGCACUCUGAGAGAGAUUAAAACCGUCGAUUUAGACGGUUCAUUCGGCACGAAGAUUGACACGCUAGCACGUCAUAUACUAUGGCUGCGCCACCAUGACCCUGGUGGGAAGUCUGUGAUAUUCUCGCAAUAUAAGGACUUUUUAGAGGUUCUAGCCAUUGCGUUCCACAGGUUUAAGAUUGGCUUUAGCAGUGUUGACAGCAAAGACGGUAUAUCAAAGUUCAAGAGUGACUCAUCGAUUGAAUGCUUUUUCUUGCACGCGAGGGCCCAUUCAUCAGGGCUCAACCUAGUGAACGCGACCCACGUUUUCCUUUGCGAGCCGCUUAUCAAUACUGCAAUCGAGCUCCAGGCUAUCGCUCGUGUACACCGUAUUGGUCAGCACCGACCAACCACCGUUUGGAUGUAUCUAGUUUCUGACACCGUCGAAGAAUCAAUUUACGAACUCUCCGUGUCACGUCGUCUAGCUCAUAUAGUGCAGAAGGAAAAAGCGGAGCCAUUAUGUGCAGAUGUCGAAAACGGAAGAGCUGUAACAGAUAAUAUUACUGAGGCGGCUAUAGACUCGGCAAACUCCUUAGAAAUCCGAGAUGCAGCUCUGUCGAAUUUAAUGGCUGGAGGAGCAUUUGGCGGGGAACUCGUUAAAAAGGACGACUUAUGGAGGUGCCUUUUUGGCAAUCCAACAAAGAAGGAGGCCAAUAAUUUCCAGGCAGGUGCCAGCGGAGAGGUAGCAAGGUUCCUAAGAGAUGAGGCAGCAGAGCACCGGAGAAGAGCUGGAGCAGGUUUUUGA